AUGACUGUCUUCGGGACCCUGCACGCAGUGCCCGACAGCCUGCAGACAAAUAAAAUUCUGGUCGCUGCCGCUUUCGGCAAUCGCGAGUUGAAAGUAGAAGUGCCGAAGGAUGUGGAGUCUUGUGUUUUUGGCUGUCCGUUGAGUAGACUUCCUUGCUUCGAGUCAAGCAGUGGCCAGAAGCUCUGCGAUGCAAACGCCAUUUCUUGCUUCCUUUGUGACGCGCUCAACAACAAGAGCUCCCAAGAACAAGCGGAAAUUCUGCAGUGGAUCGGCAUUGCGGACAACGAUUUCGUACCACAUGUGCUAGCUUGGGUUCUGCCAUCGUUGUCGGCGAUGGCAUUCAAUAAAACGGCGGUCGAGAAAGCGAAACACGAUUUGUUCGAAAGACUUAAUGCAUUGGACAAAUACUUGCUCAGCCAGACGUUUCUGGUCGGCGAACGCUUCUCUGUGGCGGACAUCAUUCUGGCGUGCGAUUUACUCCCAGCUUAUCAACAUGUGAGUGUGCAGUGCUGUACAUAAUA